AUGAAGAUGGCGACAAUCCAAGCCAUCGAGGCCCGCUCUGUACACCAAAUCCAAUCGGGUCAAGUCAUCGUUGACUUGUGCUCCGUCGCUAAAGAGCUUGUUGAAAACAGUCUGGAUGCCUGUGCAACGACGAUCGAGGUUCGAUUUAAAAAUAAUGGACUGGACCUGAUUGAAGUCCAAGAUAACGGCGGCGGGAUAUCGCCGGAGAACUAUGAGAACGUCGCAUUGAAACACUAUACUUCCAAAUUAUCGUCAUACGAUGACCUCUCGAGCCUGCACACCUUCGGUUUCCGCGGCGAGGCGAUAUCCUCACUCUGCGCGUUGGCCGACUUCCACAUCGUCACAGCACAAGAAAAGCAGGUUCCUCGCGCGAAUCGACUCGAUUUUGAACAAUCCGGGAAACUCAGAAAGAUACAGAUCGUUGCUGGGCAGAAAGGAACGACCGCAUCGGUAGAAGGCAUUUUCAAGCGGCUUCCAGUACGUCGACGAGAAUUGGAGAAGAACAUCAAGCGGGAAUAUGGGAAGGUUCUGAAUCUGCUGCAUGCCUAUGCAUGCAUUAGCACUGGAGUCCGAUUCAGCGUCAGAAACACAGUGGGCAAGACACGGAACGUGGUAAUCUUUUCUACAAAUGGAAAUAAGACAACCAAGGAGAAUAUUGCCAAUGUCUAUGGCGCGAAGACACUAUCCGCUCUGAUAUCCCUUGAUCUAGAUCUGGAGUUUGAGCCUGCCGCGGCUUCGAAACGGGCUGGCGAUGAUCAACUGAGUAAAAUUCAGGUGCGAGGCCAUAUCUCACGUCCUGUAUUCGGCGAGGGCCGUCAGACUCCGGAUCGUCAGAUGUUCUUUGUCAACUCGCGGCCAUGUGGCCUACCGCAGAUUCAGAAGGCGUUUAAUGAGGUUUACAAGUCGUUCAACGUCUCGCAGUCGGCGUUUAUCUUUGCGGACUUUCAGAUGGAUACAAACGCUUACGAUGUCAAUGUUUCGCCUGAUAAGCGCCAGAUUCUACUUCAUGAUGCGGGGGCUAUGAUUGAAUCUCUCAAAGUUUCUCUUUCGCAGCUCUUCGAGGAUGCGGAUCAAACUGUGCCGCAGUCAUCGGUUAAAUCAAAGCCUUUGCCAAAGCAGCAACCACUAGCAUCGCUUCCAGGGUUCGUCACUGCUCGAGAGCUGAGCGAAAGCAGUGGGCUUAGAAGUCCAAGCCAAGAUCGGACGAAAGAAAGCUUAGUAGAGACCCCGGGGACGAGUCAACAGAGUGCAAUUCAGCGUUUCGCGAGCUCACAAGCGAGCGUGGGAAGUGUGCAAGCUACGCCAUCUCCCGCUCGAUCGAUGAGAACACCCCGCGCUGCAACCAGUCGCUCUGCGAUGUCGACGCCAGCUCCAACUGAGGUAGAAACGCCUGCUGAGGCAAUCUCCGACGAUGAGCUUUUUGUGCGACAAACUUCCCAGGAGGGGCCCGAGUCAACCUCUAUCUCCCACGAACCCUCGUCCCAUCCAUCAGCUCCUGACGAGACUCCAUCUCGCGUUCGUGGAGACCUAGAAGAAAUCCCUAGCAUUGUCCAAAAUGCCUUCGAUAGAAUGCGUCCGCGGCGCGAACCCGCCGAACUAGCCACCAUCACUAUUGGUAACCGAACUAUAACUUCCAUGGUCGGUAGUGGUCCCCCACGAAAACGAGUCCCGGAAGAUCCACCUCUAAUGGGGGAGCCGCCUCGGCGAAAGAGACGGAUACACACACCAUCACGGCCUAACAUAUUUGGUCAACAUAUGAAAUCUUUUGCGGCACCUGGAUCGCAGCUGGAUGAUAAAGAAGACGAAGAGACUUCUGCUAGUGAGGAUGACCAGGUUGAAGAGGAUCAAGAUGACAUUUCAAGCGAAAUCGAGGAUACACAAGGCACUGAGCAAGAGCCCGAAGAUGAGGGCUCUCCUCCGCCCGAGGAUGCCGAGUAUGCUCCGGACCAAGGUGGGGCUCAAUCAGAAACCGGAAACACCGAGGUACCUGCCGCAGAUGAGAAUCUCGACGAAGCUCAGAAGAAGGCGCAGGAAGAAGCUAUAGUUCAACGGCUCAUCGACGAAGCCGAGGAGACUGCUGUGCUUCCCCAGGAAAACAAUGCGAAUCGUGCAAAGAAGAUGAGCAAGGGCGCUGCGCAUCGCGAGGCGACUACACAACUUAUCGGCAAGGUAGAUGGGUCUAUUUCACGUAUCCAGUCUCAACUCAUCGCAUUGCAAAAGACCAUGCAAGCGGGGACCAAGAAAACGCAAGAUGAAGCCACUGACCUUGGGGAGAAAACCGCCGAGGACAAGCUUUCCUUGACUGUAAGCAAGAACGAUUUCGCCCAGAUGCGUAUCAUCGGCCAGUUCAACUUGGGCUUCAUCAUUGCAGUCCGUCCAGGAGAAGACCACGAUGAGCUUUUCAUCAUCGACCAGCAUGCUUCUGAUGAGAAAUUCAACUUCGAGCGCCUGCAAGCUGAAACCGUGGUGCAAAACCAGCGACUCGUCCGUCCGCAACGCCUUGAUCUCACUGCCGUUGAAGAAGAGGUUGUCCUUGAGAACCGCGCCGCUCUUGAGAAAAACGGUUUCCUCGUGACUGUCGACGAAAGCGGCGAUGAGCCUAUCGGUCGUCGAUGUCAACUAGUCUCAUUACCCCUGAGCAAGGAGGUGGUAUUCGGCGUAAGAGAUCUGGAGGAAUUGAUUGUGCUGCUGUCGGAGUCAAUUUCAACCUCGGAUGGACUAUCAGUACCACGGCCAGGCAAAGUGCGCAAAAUGUUUGCUAUGCGCGCUUGUCGCUCAAGUAUCAUGGUCGGGAAGACCUUGACAAGCCGUCAGAUGGAACGAGUCGUUCAGAACAUGGGUACUAUCGAUAAACCGUGGAACUGUCCCCAUGGUCGGCCGACGAUGCGACACUUGAUGAGUUUGGGCCAAUGGGAUGAAUGGAAUGAAUUUCAGGAAACCGAAAGACUCGACCCUUGGAAACAAUACUUGGAAGGAGAUGAAGAUGAUGAAGAGGAGGAAGAAUAA